AUGGCAAGCACGAACGCAGAGAAACAGCAGCCUCGUAGGCGCCCAUGGAGAAAGAGCACUCAAAGACUUUCACGCAGGCUGUUCUGCUGCUCGUGUUUGCGAGGCGAGGAGGGGGACCCUUUGCAGGAGCAGGAAGAGAAGAUUAAUGGGGGCCCUCAGCAUCCACACUUGGAUCAACGGGGAUCAGGUGAGAGGGAGGCUAUCCAGAUUACAGUAGAGGAUCUGGGGAUAGUUAACGCCAGCUUCAGCCUGUUUGACGAGGACCUCCUGACCUCGAGGAACAGCAUGGCCCGCUCAGCCAGCUCUGUGUCUGCCUGCCCGAGGGCUCUGAAAAAGAAACGACUGAAGCCUCUGUCUUCACUCCCUGUAGAGCCCCAGGCCAUCACUUCUACCAGUGGAGAGGAUGAUGAAGAAGAGGAGGAAGACCCGUUGCUGUCUGAGAGUGGCACUGAUAGCACGCCAGCAUCUGCAAGCCUCCUGACACCACCUGUCAUUAAUCUGAUCCCGCCCACUCCCUCUGAUAUUGUUGACGACGAUCAGUUCUUUGACGUUAAUUCAGAGGAAAGUGUGGCACAUACAUCUGGCAGCGAUGGAAAUUUCACUGCUGGUGAACAGGAGAGUUAUGAGGAAAAGAUGGAGAGUGUGGAGGCAGAGGGGUCAAUAGAGGAAUUUACACUAGCUGAGAAUAAAGUCAGUGCUGAUAAUGCAGCUGAGCCUGAAGACGACCUACGAGAUGAGUCUGGAGAGGAAAGAGAUGCGGUGACAUCCAAAGACAGGGAUAAAGAGAAAACAAAGCCCAGGUUCUUGUGUAGCGCCUACCAGGUGGCUCCUCUCCCUGAGUACCCUCUGAAAAGGAGCUUCAACACUGGAAUAAAUAUUCUAUCAUUUACUGAGCACAAUCUGGAUGACUUAAGCAACAGAGAUGUGAGCUGUUCCGACAUGCUGAAAGCCGAAUUCUGUCUGCUUCCCCACGCUACCAACAAGGACACAUUUUCUCACCAAAGGAAGCUGAUAGCUCGCUCAUGCAGUCUUGGGGACAAACUGACCAGGAGCGCCACUUUCCACGCUUUAACCCAGACCACAGACCAGCAGGAAGAGGAGGGGUCACCACGACAACGUCGCAAAACCGUUGCAUCAUAUAUGCCUCAGUCGAAGGAUCAGAAUGGAAACUUUUCUGAGAAGGACGUGGACAGGCAAGUGGCCAAAUGCCUUGGGGAGCUCAACAAUGAUGAAGUUUGCCAGUGGUUUACCAAUAUUGGACUGCAUAAAUGUCUCCCUUUCAUCAGAGAAGCCAAACUGCGUGGUGCAGACAUAGCUUCGGUGGAUGUGAACACUCUAGACAUCCUCCAUAUCGCCACACUGGAAGAAAGGGAGCUGUUACUGUCGGCCAUUUACAAUGAGCUGCACCCUCCCAGCGCCAUCACCCAGAGAAUCGACUCUCUGCUCGAGUCCUUAGGUCCCAAUAAUGUUGAGACUUUCACUGCAACAUUAGUGUCAAUGAGCAAAUCUAAGUCCUCUCCUCAUGUGAGCUGCCUCAGCAUGAAUCGGCGUUCCCUCAAGCUCAGUAGAAACAACAGCCCAAACUACACAGCACAGAGGAAUUCUCAACUGAUAGAGAUUACUAUUAAUGCAUUGGAGCGGAUAGUUCAUCUCAGGACCCCAAAGGAAACAACAGUGGGAAAAAUCAUGGAUUCAUGCAUCAAAAUGUUGGGAGUGACAGAAGACAAGAGCCUCUUUAUACUGAAAGAAAAGCAAGAUUCAUCAGAGGAGCUUCCAUCAGAUCAGCAGAUUGGGAGUCUACUGACAUCGACAUCGGAGAACAGACAGUUGGAGCUGCACUUGUGUAAAACGGAGAAGUCACCAGCUACUGUUUCACAAAAUAAUCCAGAAGUCAAAAGCUCUAAUGAGAACGGCAACGUCAACAAAAAUAUCCAGGUGACCCAGCCAGCUAAAGAAGAGAGGAUCAGGGAGCUAAACCAACAGGUGGACUCUCUACAGAAUGUCAUCCUUCAGGUCCAGGAGCUCCACCACGGCCUGGUAGCAUUUUGCUCCGAGAUCAAGAACAUGGACGGAGAUGUGGACGUAGACAGACUUGGCUCUGCUGAGCUGAAGCAGAAGCUGGAGUUGGUUAAAAGCCGACUGAACGACAAGAGGCAGAGCCUGCAGACCCUCAGAGACAACAUUAACAACUCCGCUGCUCACAAGAAGAAGCAGUUGGACGUUCGUCUCUUGGAGAAGAUGAAGCUGAACUGCCAAGUGUUUAAGGAGGAAAUUUCCAUGGUACAUCUCAACCGGCAGGUGGCUCACCUCCAAAAUGCUUUGCAAGAAAGCUACGUUAAGGAGAAAGCUCGGAAAAACAGUUUGGCCAUUGGUAGCCUGAGCCAGCUGGUGUCACCGCAGUCUCCUGCCAUGCUGCUGGUUGUACAGGAGAACCCUAACCGCGAUGGUCAUUAUGGCUUUACGUGUCGCUACAGAGAAGGCAGCGGACUAGUGGUGGUCUCGGUGGAAGACUCUCACCUCUGUGUGGAUGACAGGCUGGUGGAGGUGAAUGGUGUACCAGUGGUCAACUCUACACAGGAAGAGCUGACUGACAUCCUGCUGCAGGGACCCAGCGCUAAAAUUGUUGUCCUUCGCCAGCCUCCGCCCACCCCCACCUACCAGCAGUACCCUCUGCUCCUGGAGCACAUGGUCAGCCCUGACCCCAUGCAAGCAAUCAUCCCAAGAAAGGAUGUGGUCACCAUGGAAACCCCUCCACAACGGAAGGUGAUGGCCAUCUGAUGAUACCAUGGAAAGAAAGGGGGACUAUAGAGACUGAGAGAAACAGUGGUGAUGAGGUUGGAGCAAAGUGUUGAAUCCCUUUGUCUGCAGAAUGACUCAUGAUAUGAUAGCUGUGUUAUCCUUUGUUAGUUAUUUACCUCCAUAUGUGAACGUGUUUAUUGUAUGGAUAAAAUGUUCUGUAGAGAUUGUUGCCAAAAGCCUUUUAGUUGGGGACAUAUGUCUUUUUUUGUUUUUAUUGGACUUUUUCUCCUUUAAAAAGAAAAAUUAAAAAAAAAUAAAAAACAUUUAUUUCCUGUUACCUCUUACCUCGGCCGUCGAGAUGUCUGCCUUCUCUCACAUAUAAUAGAACUAGAUGGCACUUGGCUUGGGGUGCUCAAAGCUGCAAAAAUCUCAACAGCAAUGUCUUUCCAGAAAUCAUGACCCGGCUACUCAAGAUAAUCCACAGACCUGGUUGUGAGCAGUUUCAUGAAGACACUUUUUCUUCUUACCAAACUACAUCCGUCAACUGUAUCACCACGCAGAAGGAAGUGUGCAUCUACUCAUGGAUGAGAGGUUCCUGCUCCUGACAGUACGAGAUGUAAACAGUGGUGGACAGUAACAAAGUACAUUUACUUAUGUACACUUAAGUACACUGGCAGAAAUAUUUUUACUCAGCUUUUUUACUUCAGCUGUGGAUUCUUGUAGGAUACAGUGUUUUGUGUGUGGUUUUUAAGUACUCCAGUAUUUUAACUCAAGUUAGAACUUGACUUAGCAACUUUCACUUGUACUGGAGUAAUAUACGACCAGGAAUAUCUAUACUUUGACUCAAGUGAUAGAGUUGUGUACUUUGUCCAUCACUAGCUGUAAACAUUAACAGCGUCCUCCUCAGCUGAGUUGACCAACGUUAACCAGCCACAAGGUCUGUGGAUUAUCUUGAGUAACCAAGUCAUGAUUUCUUGAAAGAGACACUGCUGUUUGGUUUUUCAAAUUUAUUUUUCAAAGCUUUUAGCAUCACAAGCCCAGUGCCAUUUAGUUCCAUUAUAUUCAAGAGAAGGCAGACAUCUCUACAGCAGAUAUCUCAAGUUAUCGGCGACUAAAACCAAAACAAUCUAGACUGAUAAACAGCACUACAGGUAAGAGGAAAAAUAUGUAUUUUUUAUUUUAGGGGGGACUGUCCCUUUAAAGGCUCCCCAUAUGUGCAUCACUUUGUUCUUGGUAGAUAGCACUAUAUAAUCCAUAUUGUUUCAAUGUAUGUGCAGAACAAUGCCUAUGAAAAACACAUUUCCAGAAAAAAAACAAAAAAACAAAGGGUACAUUCACUUCUUUUUCUUCUUGUCUUACAGCAUAUUUGUGGUAUGAGAGAAAAUGAAAAGUAAAAACAAGAAACACAGAGGCAGACAGAGCUUUGCUCCACUGGAUAUGUGAUAAACAUUUCCUUUUUUUUUUUUUUUAGAUCCAGCAGAGUCAUUCCUGAGGGUACAACAAUGUAAGCCUGAUGAGGACACAGCAUGCUUCACCUUUUUAAAAUACAGAUAGAACAGGAUAGAGUCAGGAAAUAUGUGACGUCGUGUAAAGACACAUUUGAAAGCUUUGUAUGCCGAUUCUCUCUUUGAAGAUUAAACACUAAGAUGGUCUGGAACAGCGCUCAGUGCAGAAGAUUUCUUUAAAAAAAUGAGUCACGUCUCCCCUUUGUAUGUUGUAAUGUAAUCCACUGUUCUGUAGGAAUAAAGCCUUGGGCC